AUGCUGCCAAGCCUCGACCGAACGCGGCCGCGCGAAUCCGUGUUUAUGCAUAAUAGCAACGGUAGCCUCGUUUCGUUCUUUGUCAAGACCUCUUCAUCUCUCACCCUUCUUUUCAGCUCUCCAUCCAUGGUUCCUUAUUCGGCCAUGGCAGGAACACUACAACAGCGGAUCACACAUCGACGUGGAUAUCUGGUGCCACUGAAUACCCAAAUUACUCUCUCUUGUCCUUUCGAAACGCCUUUCUACAAGUGGACUCGACCGGACUACCCCUCCCACUUCCUUGAUGAGACCAAAAAUCUCACCAUCAAGGCAGACUCCUUCGAAGUGAGUGGCCGUUAUCAAUGCAGUGCUGUCAAUGGCUUCGGCAACUCUUUGGCUGAAAUGGCCAUUCGUGUUGUCGAUUAUAAUUCACCAGCCAUCAAAGAGGAAUGUGCUCUUUCACGUGAUGGGAAAAUCAACACAGCAGGGCCUUGUUUUCUGAGAAGUUACACUGAUGCUGAGCUAGUUGUAACGCGCUACUGGGGGGAGGACGUUACCUUCGACUGCAACAGCGUGACAGCGGAUGGUCGGACUUACCAGCUAGAUUACGCCUGGGAGUUCUACAAGCAUGGCCUUGGAAAGGGUCUCUCGUCUUCCCCAAUAGGCAAUCGACUGACACGCCGCAGCAACACUCGAGCCACACCAUCCAGUGGCAGCUCUUCGGGACUGGGUGGAACUGCUGCCAGUCUUGGUGGCGGCGCUGGUGGGGGGGCGGGUAGUAACGGAGGUGUGGGCGGCGGAGGAGGCAGAGCUGAUGUGGCUCGCUUCUCGGAAUCACAGCUCACGAUCCGCAAGGUUACUCUCAGUAAUAUGGGCGAGUACAGAUGUACAGUUACCAAUCCCGCCCCCGAUUCCAGCUCUGCCGUCAUACCGAAAAUCGAGAGGACUUUUCAAUUGCAUGUGAUUCGUGACAAUUCACUAUUCUUGCAUACACCUCUCACCGCCGCCGCCGCCGCCGAUGCCGCUGUCGAUGCCGCCACUGCCACUCUACCCACACACUCAUUGCAUCUCGGCUCUGUGAAGGCACGUUCCGAAGGUGCUAUCAUCAUUGGUGAUCAUGACAUAACAGUACAUGUCAAAUCUGGAGAGAACCUCAUUCAGUCAUGCAAAGUAAACGCCGAACAACACCGAUCCGUUACCAUAAGGUGGGGUAAGAUAAUCGAGCCGAGCAAAGCAGUUCCCACUUACGAGGGAGAUGGAAAGGAGGUAAUCCGCCUCUCCAAUAUCGCCUUCAUCGUAUUUCCUUUGAUGGCGACGAGCGAGGCUAGCAACAAACUGACCUCUAGCACUCCUGCCGUCAGUACUCCUUUCGCUGUCAGCGAUCCCGGCUCGCCCGAGAGUCAGCUGGUCAUUCAGCGCGUGACCAGUAGUAAUGCCGGCACGUACAUCUGCUCUGUCAUCACUGAGUCCGGAUGGGAUGACCGAAAACUCGUACGCGUUGUUGUCUCCGAUGCUCAAAAUGAGCCGUCGGCCGAGACGUUGGAGGAGAACAGUUAUCCACGCCGUCUGGCACUAUACAUCACUGCACCAGUGGUCAUUUUCUUUGUGUGCAUUUUCAUCACUAGCUACUGUCUGAUCAAUCGCAAAAGCCGUCGCUGUUCACAGAUUAAUGGGGGUGGUCACAUACGAGCCACAUUACCAGUGAUGAGGCAGAUAGGUAGCAGCAAUAACUCAGUAAGUAUCUAUCGCGAUGGGCUGAAUAGCGCCGGUCUCUCCGGUAAGACCAAUACUACAGGGCUUAUUGACCAUCAUUUGGGACAUCACUCGCCGCAGGGUCCCCCUUCUUCUGCGGUCACGGCCUCGGGAGCAGUCAAUAAUAAUAAUAACACCAAUAAUAGCAACCACGUUGCCUACUCCUCGUCGACGGGCUCCCAUUCGCUCAGCGGCAUCUCUGCUGGCACGCCAGGUUCCAUGCUACUCGCUAACACUAUGGUCCAGGUUCUGCCUCCAGAUGGAUCGGGCUAUCCUCUCCUGAAGUCCAACGGACACCACCAUCACCACCAGUCCCCGCCACAGUCGCAAGCACCACCACCACCCCCUCACAGCGCCUACGAUCCCUACAGUACGGGCCAUCUGAGUAACGGGGUCUCCAGCGGCGCGAUGAUGUGUAUACCUUCUGCGUACCGCGAUUUUCAAGCUUAG